CAUUUCAUCAUUCAUCAAUAUACUGUCUAGGCCAAAGAUAGCUUCUAUUGCCAGCUAUGCUUGUUGUCGGCUUGACAGGAGGUAUCGCUUCAGGCAAAUCCACCGUUUCAUCCCUCUUGUCGAAGCGUCAAAUCCCUAUCAUAGAUGCCGAUAUUCUAGCUCGACAAGUCGUGGAGCCCGGUACAGGAGGAUUUCGAGCCCUCGUAGAUCAUUUUGGAGCUGACCGGAUACUCAACGAGGAAGGAGGUCUGGACAGGUCAGCAUUGGGAGAUAUAGUCUUUCACGAUGCGGAUCAGAGACGUUGGUUAAAUGGGGUGAUUCACCCGAGAGUCCGGCGAGAGAUGGUGAAAGGGUUGCUGAGGUGCUGGCUGAGGGGAGAGUGGGUUGUCGUGGUGGACGUACCCUUACUCAUAGAAGCCGGGUUUUGGAAAUGGGUCGGUGAAGUAGUCGUGGUAUAUGUCAAUGAGAAAUUACAGUUAACCCGACUCCUGGCUCGCCCCUCCAAUCCCCCUUUGACGCAAAAACAGGCUUCAGCGCGGAUAUCCUCUCAGCUCGCCCUGUCCUCCAAACUCCCCUACGCAUCUACUGUCCUCGACAACUCAGGGACGCUAUCAGAUCUCGAAUCGCAAGUUGACCGGAUGGUCCUCAGAUGGAAAGUUCAGCAGGGAGGAUCAAGCGGAUGGUGGUGGCGGAUAUGCUGGUUCCUUCCUCCGGUAGGGUUGACUGCGGGGCUCAUAUGUCUCUUGCAAAAGUGGUGGAAGUUCCGCAGGGAUGGUACAAGGAGGCGUGGUCGUGGUGAAAUGGGUCAUGGGCCUAAACAGGGAGGCGCGGAGAGUUACGAGAUGCGGGAUAGAGCGAGGAGGAGAGCUAGCAGUAAUGGCGAAAGUAUACUGGAUGGAUGAUCGGACUGGGCUGAUUCGGAUGGGGACGUCUUGAGAUGGACUCACAAUCCCGUUGCAUGUAUAACCAGGUCACCAGUGACCGGAGUAUCAACAGAAACCUGAGCCACUUGAGUAUUAUUAUCUUGGCGUGGUCGU